ACAAAUCCCGUGUUGUCGAGUCAGUUCCGAGCAUCAGACGCAGGAUACCUCGUCAAAGAAUAUUUUAUUUCUUAAAUUUUCAAAAACCCAAUUGCGAAGAUGAAUAGAUUAUUUGGAUCAUCAAAGGCGAAAGUUCCUCCGCCGAAUAUGUCAGAUUGUAUAAAAAACGUUGAUUCAAGAACAGAUUCUAUAGAAAAAAAAAUAAACAAACUGGAUAUGGAGCUUAAGAAAUACAAAGAUCAGAUGAAGAAAAUGAGGGAUGGUCCAUCCAAGAACAUGGUAAAACAAAGAGCAAUGCGUGUUCUCAAGCAAAAGAAAAUGUAUGAACAACAGGCAGAUAAUCUUCGUAACCAAUCAUUUAACAUGGAACAAGCUAACUAUGCUACACAGACGCUCAAAGACACCAAGACCACCAUGGAUGCAAUGAAGCUUGGUGUGAAGUCAAUGAAGAAGGAGUUCAAGAAUGUUGACUUAGAUAAAAUAGAUGAUUUGCAAGAUGAUAUGGAAGACAUGCUGGAACAAGCGAAUGAAGUCCAGGAAAUGAUGUCCAGGAGUUACGGAAUGCCUGAGAUUGAUGAUGAUGAUUUAGAAGCAGAACUAGAUGCCCUUGGUGAUGAGAUGCUCUUUGAUGAUGACAGUUCUUACCUGGACGAGGCAAUCUCGGCACCUGCCGCCCCAGACACCGAGCUUGGAGCAGACUCGGUCGCUUCUAAGGAUGGUGUUCCUGUCGAUGAGUUUGGUUUACCACAAAUUCCUGCAUCGUAAGGCAGUUUGGAGCAGGAUGUUUCUAAAUUCUGAGGAAUGUCAUGAAUUUUAUACAUAAUUUAUACAUAGACCAACCAUUUGAAAACCAUCUGAGAGAGAACUAGGACAUGGAAUGAACAGUUACCAAUAAAUAUUGAUUGGUGACAAUUUAUAAUUUUACUUGAAGGCUAAUACAGAUUUAAGUACACAUUUACAAACGAAGUUUUCGUCAUCUCGAAAGCUCCGAUGAGGGCAGUAUAUAAUAGAGUCUGUAGAGUAUAUUUACACUAACAGCCGCCCAUACAAAAAAGAUAAUUAUUUAUCAGCCGAGUGUUGCUAGAGCUCCUGAGGCAGUAGAGUAUAUUGGCUCUAAUGGCUGCCCAUACAAGAAAGAUCUAUCAAUCAACCAGAUUAAUCAUCAGCCGAGUGUUUCUAGAGCUCCUCAUCAGAGCUAAAAACCAUUGAUGUUAAUAUAAUUGAUAAACACCAUUAAAAGAUAUUUGGCAAAUAAUCGGCAUCAUACAAUUUCAAAUUUUCUUUACGGUAAUUACACAGCCCAUUUUUGAAAAUAUAUUUAUUUAGUGCAUUUUCAAUUUUUAAUUAAUUUAAACUGUUUCAGUAGCGAUUUUUUAAAAGAAAUACAGAGAAGUUGACUUGGUUCAAGUUCUGAAUUGUUGGCAACAAAUUGAAGAAUGGGUGUAGCAAUUUAACCAAAACGAUGUGGCUAGAGUAAUAAACCAGGAUUUACUUAACAUUUUGAUUUUAUUUGUUAUUUUUAUGAUACCUUAUAAGACAAAGCCCCAGUCCUGUAUAGAUACAUAUGCCAUUGUUUUAAGAUUCAAAAUAUUUCACUGAUUAUACUUUAUUAUUAUGACACCUUAGUUUGUGUCUGUUUUGUAAUUGUGGGUGUGUUAGCAGUAGUUAGCUUAUUUUAUUUUUUUUUAGUUCAACUUUUGGAUUUGUAAUGUCGAUGUCAUGAGACCACUUGGUACUAUGUGAAUUUGAAAAUUAUUGAAAGGCAGCAUAAUGUUCUUCAUUUUGCUUUAUUUUCCAAAAAAACACAACAUUGAAUCAUAGACUAUGAAAAGGUGUUUUAAAUAUAUAUAAAAACUCUAAAUACUUAAACGUAUUAGCAGUCCCCAAAACAAGAUAGAUCCUACUAGUUACCGACUAUUAUGGUAACAUAACUGAUACUUCACACCUUUAUGUUCAUAUCACUGUUUUUAUCACUGGGUCGGCUGCACAGUAAUGUAAUCAUUCAACUUCAUUUUCAGAAUAUCGGUUUGGAACAUUAUUAUUUGAUAGAUUUGAACAUUUUCUUAUUAAUGGACACGAGUGUGGAACGAUUUCUGUUUUUUUUUUUUUUUUUUUUUUUUUUUUAAAUUUAUUAAUUAUAUGUUAUAUAAUUCAUUUAACAGAUUGUAUAUAAUACAGUAAUAUGCAUUGUAACCAGUAGUAAAUAAACAAGCUAUAACAACAUUUUUUUUCUUAAGCAUUUCAUAGUGAUUUGAUGUUGGUUCUGUAUUUUAUUAGUUUCUUUAGUACUGUACUACAAUAAAUUUAAAUACUGUAUUAUCAUUAGAAUAAUUUUUAUUGAAAGCAAAAAUAAAAAAUACCACUGGAAUGAUAUAAUAGUACGCUAUAGAAAAAUAUACAAUUGCAGCCAUAUAAAAUAUUUAUUCACAUUAUUAAAUAUUACUUUGAUUUUUGUAUAUUGGAAGACGUGCAGGAAACAAUAAUAAAAACUAUUUAAAAAGUUAUACAAUACAAAAUAUAAUGAAGUUAUUACAAUGUGAUAAAUAGACACAAAUAAAAGAGGUGUAUUAAAA